GGACGGUGGCUACGCGCGGCCAGCUUCUGGCUGGGACUAGCUCUCGCUUGGGCUGCUAAUGGUUUAUUGGGGGGCGGAGGAAACUGCUCCUUCUGGCAAAACCAGAGUAAAAUCUCGGGGGCACUCAGAGUGGACAACGAGGCGUCUCUCAGCCAGUUGCGCCACCAACCCUCCUCAGUAGAGCUGCUGUGGAGCCGUACCCCUUAUUUCUGCCAAGGGAGGUGCUCACGACUGAGGCGAGGAGCUGGAUCCGUGAUUUGGGUUUCUGGCUUUUCCAGACCCUAGUUUAUUUUCUGGGUGCAGCGUCCCUAUGCGGUCUGGGGGCUUCGGUCUUAGAGAAGCUCUGAGAUCUCGUUUCUGACUGCGGUGCCCCUCCCUCCUGGAGGCUCAGUGACUCGGGCGUGGGCGGCGGUCUGCGCGGGGUGCCUUGGUCCCGCCGAAGAGCCAGGUUCACUCACCUUAUUCUUGUCAUCCUUCUUCGCUACCCAGAAGCUUAAGUGAAAAUGGUACAUGUUAGAAGACAUGAAACAAGGUCAAAUUCUAAAACUCAAGCGCCUAAACAAAAAUCUCGAGUUGAUUGGAGACGGACCAAAAGAAAUAGUAUCUCACAGUUAUUUGAUAGUGAUGAAGAGCUUGAUAGUGAUGAAGAGCUUCAUAGUGAUGAAAGUGUUGACAAUGAUGAACCGCUUGAUUGUCAUAAGGGGCUUGAUGGUAAUAAAAUACCAGAAAAUGAAAGAGAGCUCAAAUUAAUCAAAGUUGAAAGUGGAGAAAGCAAUAAUAAGCAACUCAUUAACACUGGCAACAUUUCCACAUAUGAAGAAGAAAUGAACAAAACCAGUCAUAGGACUAUUGACUUAUUAAAUCCUGGAAAGUAUCUGAGUCCAGAUGAUGAUGAUAUCACCAAACACACUAGACAAAUCAUAGAGGAAGAUUUGGAAGAAGAACAAAUCAAACGAGGGAAAAGAAAAAGGACAUCUUCUGUAAUGGAUGACAGUGAUGACAGUGAUGACAGUGAUAUCUUAGUUAGAAAAGUAGGUGUUAAACGUCCACGUACAGUGGUUGAAGAUGAAUGUUCUUCGGUGGAAAUGGAGCAGAAUAAUCCUGAGAAAUCAAUAGCUGCUCGAAAUCGAGAACAACUCCAGAAGCUGAAGGAACUCUCAAAACAAAGAUCUCUCCAGAGACGCAAUAGUGGUAGAGAUUUUGAGUACUCUGAAAAAGAAUCCUCCCCAAGUAGUGAUGAAGAUGAGGAGGAAGAGGGUGAUUUUGAAUAUGAUGAAGAUGGAGAUGAUUAUAUUAUUGAUGACUUUGUAGUACAAGACGAGAGUGAUGAAGAGAAUAAAAAUCAGCAAGAAGAAAAAUUGACUACCUCACAACUGAAAUUAGUAAAACAGAAUUCUCUUUAUUCUUUUAGUGACCACUAUACUCACUUUGAAAGAGUGGUAAAGGCUCUGCUGAUCAAUGCUUUAGAUGACUCUUUUCUGAGAACAUUGUAUGAUGGGACCAGGCAAAAAUCAUAUGCACAAGAUAUGUUGACAUCUCUUCACUAUUUGGAUAACCGCUUUGUUCAGCCCCGACUGGAGAGUUUAUCUUCUAGGAGUCGUUGGAAAGAGCAAUAUAAGGAGCGGGUGGAAAAUUAUUCUAAUGUACGUAUCCAUUUGAAGAAUCCUGAAAACUGUUCUUGCCAGGCUUGUGGAUUGCAUCGCUACUGUAAAUAUUCAGUGCACUUAUCAGGAAAGUUGUAUAACAUCAGAACUAUGGAAACCGAUGACUUCAUGUCUCAUGAUAAACAGGUGUUUACUGUUGGCAGAAUUUGUGCUGAUCGCACCAGAAUUUACCAUAAACUGAAACAUUUUAAAUUCAAACUAUACCAGGAAUGUUGCUCCAUUGCAAAGACAGAAGAAGUUGAGGAUGAACAAGUUAAAGAAACAGUGGAGAGAAUUUUCCUUCAGUCGAAAGAAAGUGGCUGGAUUAAAGAGAAAUACGGUCAACUUCAAGAAUAUCUCAAUUUUGCGGAUUACUUUCAAAAUGAGAAGUUUGAAUUAUAACACAUUUCUUCCUGAGAAGAUUUUAUAAAUUCCUGUAAAUGUGAAGAUC